GGGAGUACUCCCCGAUUUUGAGUUCACUGCACUGCCGGUGUGUACUUGGAUGCAGGAAGAAGGGAACACUGAUUUUACCAUUGCAGCGAGAUGUCAACCGACAAUUCUGAGGUGUGUACAUUGACCAUCAUGUCCUGACUUGGUUUCGACAAGCUGGUGGCAGCGGUAACAGCUCGGCGGAAGAGGAUCUGCAGAGCUACCAGGGCUGUGCAUUUUCGUUGUGUUAGGCACUGGCCGGAAGGAGCUAGCUGGCGUCGAAUGAGACGUGACACUGUUUGGAGGCGAUGCCACAGUAUCAGUGAUGGCAUGGCGCUGUUGUGCGGUUUCUAGAACUAGUGAAAGGGUUGCUCAAGACGAACAUUCAAAAGAGAUCGACAAGCGUCUGCAGCUGGAAAAGGCGAAGCAAAAGGGCCUGGUCAAGGUUCUACUCCUUGGAGCUGGCGAGUCUGGCAAGAGCACCUUUCUGAAGCAGAUGCGAAUUAUCCAUGGUCAGGGAUUUGAAGAACAAGAGUUUCUUGAGUAUCGCACUAUUAUUUUCGAUAACAUAAUCAGCUCCGCUCAAAAGCUUGUUCGUGCCCGGAAAGCCCUCAAUAUCCCCUGGAACGAAGCCGUGAAUGAAGCGCAUGGUAAUUUAAUUGAAGCUGCCGGUCCGGUGGAUACUCCUGAAGAAUUUGUGCAGUAUUACGCUGCGCUGGACGCAGUGUGGGGUGACGAUGGUAUACAGAGAACUUACGAGCGGAGGAGCGAGUUUCACUUGGGUGACUCCACUAACUACUUCUUUAACAACCUGUCCUCAAUUGCAACAUUGGACUACCUGCCGUGCAAGCAGGACAUCCUGUGUUCCCGCAAGUCAACACGCGGAGUCCAGGAGUACAGCAUUCACAUUAAGAAGGUCCCAUUCACGUUUGUCGACGUUGGCGGUCAGCGUGCACAACGGACGAAAUGGUUCCAAUGUUUCCAAGAGGUUACGAGCAUUCUAUUCAUGGUGGCAUCGAAUGGUUUCGACCAAGUACUCGUUGAGGACAGGCUUACUAACCGCUUGGUGGAGAGUUUAAACAUCUUCCACACCAUCGCCAAUGAGCGCUGUUUUGCUUCAGCCUCCAUUGUACUGUUUCUCAACAAGGCUGAUAUGCUUGCUGAGAAGAUCAAGUACCGGGACAUCCGCCAGUACUUCCCGUCGUUCCCGGCGCAGAUGAAUCCGCACAACUUGGAGCACGUGCAGGACUAUCUGAUACACCUUUUCGACAGUCAGCGUAUCGACAAGACCAAGCUGCUCUAUCAUCAUUUUACAACGGCUACAGACACAGACAAGAUCAGGAUCAUUUUCGAGGCAGUUCGCAAUACCAUACUGGAGAACAACCUCAAGGAUUUGGUCCUGUUCUAGAGUUUUCUCUUUUUCUUUUUUUUUACCAGUAUCAUACAUCAAUACCUUAAAAGGUUUUAUAAACAGGCUUGUUUGCAGGGCUGUUUUCAUAACGUCUUCCUGAGAUCCUAGACUCCUCCAUGCUCCAAUUGCACUCACACACACGCACACACUGCAUUGCAUGCGCUUCAUCCUCAACAAUUCCGCAUUUACAUUACACUUCAUUACAUUACAUCAUUACAUUAUUACAAUUACCGUUAGAAUUAUUUGAUCCGAUCGAAACUGGCUUAUUCCUCUUUCUCUCUUUCUCUGCCUUUCCUUGGUGCGAACAUACCUCUGCUUUGUUUGCGUUGCCUUGGUCUUCUUCCUGCUGCUGCUCUUCUGCCGCUCAGUGUUCUGUGUGUGUGUGUGUGCAUGUGUGUGUGUGUAUGUGGGCAUGUGUGUCUGUAUGCUUUGCAAGAAGUUAGUAUGUCGUGCUCUCUCCAUGUUCUCCUAUCCACUUCUCUUUUUUUAACUCGCUGUACUUUUGCUUUUUCUGCGACCUUAGUUGGUGCACUAUUUUAAUUCCACCCUAGAUUGUGCCAUCAGUCUCUUCUCCCCAUACGACGUCCUUUAUUCCCCUUUUUUUCUUCAUCCUGUCAUCCCCGUCUCUUGCCCAGUCUCUUGUCCACUCUGCAACUGCUUGUUUCGAGGUCUGUGGUUGGACUGCACCAAGCUGUCUUUCUGUGUCAACUGAUCUUCUACCUGACGGCUUCAAAAUGCAACUUA